UUGCGUUUUUAAAAUUGUUUUGAAUAUGUUAUAGCCAGAGGUAGCUGGAAACUUUGCAAACUGUUAGGAAAAACGUAUGAUUUUUAGGCAUAGUAAAUAUAUUAUUAUUUCGUAUUAAGUUUAAAAGUAUUACAAAUGCAAAGCAAAACUUCCAAAAAUGGCGGCGACAACUGUAGAAGAUACACCCUCAUGAUUCUACAUUGCUUUUUCUUGGUAGUUGGAGUUGUGCUGAUAAUGCUGGGUGUGUUCCUAUACAGUGUACCUGGCACACAAAGUGUUAUCCAGGUUACAACAGAAGCAACAACCUCGAGGCAAGUUCACCAGGUGAGUCUCGUCACCAUGGUAACUGGAGGGUGUGUGGUGUUCAUUUCAUUGCUGGGAUGUUAUGGAGCAUUGAACAACAACAGAUGUAUUCUGAUGACUAUUGCUGUUAUAUUCACUGUGGUGCUUGUAGUUGAAUGUGCACUUGCUGCGUUUGGAAUCAUGUUUCAAAGCCAGAUAGCAUUGAAAGUAACAGAUCAGAUGACCAUAUCACUCAGUUUGUACGAAGGUGAUGAUGCAACGGAUGCGAAUUCAGUUGCUUGGAGGGAAAUUCAAACAUUUUUCAAAUGUUGUGGGGUGAACACUGCAGAAGGAUUUCACAAUCACACCAAUAUAAAUGUCUCUACUAGUGGUAACUACACUAUUGGGUCAGCAUGGUAUAGAAACAUAGGGAUGCUUGUAAACCAAUCGUGGCCAGGAAGUUGCUGUGAGCUUGACAGAGUUGGUGAAGUCAGCAACCCUGCUGUGUGUUAUACAGAUAAUGAAAACAAUACUGAGUUACAUAAACAAGGUUGUUUGGACCAAGUGGUGCAGUUCCUGCAGCGCCAUCUACUGACCAUCACACUUCUAGCCAUCUUGCUCUUUGUAACACAGAUAGUGGCAAUCAUCUUAUCGUGCCAGUUGUUCAAGAACCUUAAAAGUUCUGGCUUCAAACCUGUGUGAAAAAAUUUCCUGUGAUUUUUAUUUUUCAGCCAAAUUUUCAUCUGCUCAUCAAGUGCAAUCGCUUUAAAGUUUUAAUCACUGCUGACUGCCAUAAUAUUCGUUUUUAUAUUUUACUGUGUCUGCUGUCCGGUAUCCAAAAUAUUCAAAGCUGCAUAUUCAAGGUUAUUUGAAAGAAAACAAAAUAAGAAGUUGUUAGGGAUUAAAAUAUAACAUCAUUUUUUAUUUAUCUUCACAAAACAUGGAUUUAACAGUGAAAUGGAAUAAUGGCUUGAAGAAAAAAGGCUUUUUGUCUAGAUAUGUUCUUGGUUUAAAUAAUUGAUGUAAAAGUGUCAUACUUAAACCCUAAUCAUUAUGGAGUCAAAAUUUUCAUCUAUAAGUAUUAUGAUGUCGCAAAAUUUAUUAACUGUUAUGAUUACGAUAUGUAAUGCAAGUAUUUAAAUAUUUUAUUCAAAAAAAACAUUUUAACCUUACAAAGUUUUCUAUAAUAAGUUGAUUUACAUAAAAAGACGAUUUUUUGGAUAAAAAGUAUUAUUUAAACUAACAGGAAGGGAAGAAAUGUUGUUUGCCAUGUAAUGAUUUUUUUAUUUACGCAAAAGUGAAGUUACUUAUUGUUGAAAUCUAGUGAAAUUUUAUAUAAGACCAACCUGUUAAAAACAAGUUUUGUAAUUUUUACGUACUUUCUAAUGUUACAAUAUAUUUUUAUGCAAGUUUUAAAAUACCAUUUUUGGUAUUUUUUCAAUUCUUUUCUUAAAUCAUCAGUUAACUUACACCACAGCCAAUGUUUAUGUAGUCUUACUUCAUUUUUUAUAAUUUCUUAUUCUUUAAUAAGUGACUCUUAGCCAUUUUUGCAUUGCAGCAGAACAUUAAGCAAAAACUGAUAGCAAAGCUUUAUUAAUUACACAAUUAUCUUUCUUGUCAUUAUUUGCGGUGUUACGAUGAUGUCGUUUAAUUAAAGUUUCGGAAAGUCUA